AUGAUGGACCUUCCGAGCGUUGUGGAAGCCAUAAUUGACCUCAUAACUCACAUCGAGCGGUUAGAGAAUUCAGAGAAUGGCUGUGAAAUCGGCUCAAUCGUCUUAAGACCCCGCGGGAAGGGGGGGGGGGGGGUCCUUUGGAAUUUUUUGGGGGGGGAGUGGCCGAGGGGCCCCGGGACCCCUAAACUUUACCAAGGGCAAUUCCAGUAAAAUUUUUUUACCUAUACUUAGAUAAACUUCCCAAAUGGGACCCUGGAACCCUUAACCUAUACCAGAGCUAGUUCAGCUAAAUUUUGCUACCCUAUACUAGAGUAAACUCCCCAAAUCCCCCCUAUCCUAGAGUAGCUGUUUCCCUAGUCUAGAUAAAAUCUUCAACGAACUGAUCAGUUUCUUGAAAAAUGAUACCCUAUUCUAGACCCAAAUGUUCUGAUUUAUAUACCCUAUCUCAGAGUAAACUGUUUGAAAACCAUACCCUUCACAGCGGCACAUACCUAUAUAGCCCAUAUAUGGCAGUACUUCCCCCCCCCCCCCCCCCGCUCCCAACGCCACAACAAAAACAUUUUACAACCCCUCCACCCACCCCCGCCAAUAACCAUAUAACCCCCAUAAUGGGACAUCCUCCCCCCCCCCCCCCGGGCUUAAGACUAGACUAUAUAAGUAGGAUGCUCGUAAAUCUCGAAGUGCCUGAUGAGAUCGUUAAUACGAUGAGAGGUUUGUACAAGAGUGUUGUACAGCUUGAGGCGAAUCAUAAUGUAGUGGCAAGUGAUGGAUAUGCGGCCCCAGCAUUUUGCACUGGGACCCGAGGAAGGCCUCCUUAUGAAAUACCGAGGGAACAACUGUCUUUCUUAUCGGACUAA